GCUACACCUGUGAUGGAGAAGUCAGGAUGUUGUUGUUGAUCCGGAUCUGGAUCCGCCCAUCCAGGCGUCACAGCACCGACAAGAUGGCCGAGAGUAUGGAACGAAAGUGAGGGAGGAAACAAAACAGAGGCGAGCUAUUCUUGCCGCAGAUGUCAGACAGAGAUCUGGAGGUUAAGUUAGUGCAGAUAUACAAGCUGGGUAAUCGGUUUGUGGAGGCUCGUUUCUGUGAGUCGCAUGUACGGUAUGCAGAAUAAUUGUGCUCCGAGCCAGCCCGUUGACAGAACGUUUGUCAGGUCGUCAAUGUUGGCUAGCUAGCAGGCUAACCAUGUUAGCUAGCUGACAACACUGUUAGCGAGAUAAAACGCUUUCAGUAAGUGACAGUGAGGUAACUGAGAAAUAUAAAGCUGUUGCUACUUCUUUGUGUCUUAGAACUGCAAAUUAUUGCAGCAGCACAACUUUCCUGAGUGGGAAACUGGAAUUCACGCACUAGUUAACGCAUCGGUAGUUGGUUAGCAAGCUAACAUUGCGGAUUUCUUCUGAAUUAGCAUUAGCAGACGGCUGUUAGCUUGCUCAGCUGUUUUGGGUUACUUGGGGUGGUUUGAUACAGGAAGGGCUACUGGUGUGGGAAGAACACAUUUUCUGUCGACGUAAAAGUACCUGGGACAACAAGAGCUCUCUGCAGACCUGGAUAACUAAGGUGUCCCGCAUUCCUAAUUAACGGAUAACUGAACUCUAAACAGAAGUCAAGCCGAGGAGGUCUUCACCCCUGCGGUGUUGCACAAGGAGCAUAGCGAGGCAGCAUCACCAUGGCCCACUCUCCCGUCCAGGGUAACCUGCCGGGGAUGCAGAACGCCAAAGUGGACCCGGAGGAGUUGUUCACCAAGCUGGAGAGGAUUGGCAAGGGUUCGUUUGGCGAGGUGUUCAAAGGCAUUGACAAUCGGACACAGAAGGUAGUGGCCAUCAAGAUCAUAGACCUGGAGGAGGCGGAGGAUGAGAUUGAAGACAUUCAGCAGGAGAUCACAGUGCUGAGCCAGUGUGACAGCCCAUUUGUCACAAAGUACUACGGCUCUUACUUAAAGGACACAAAAUUAUGGAUCAUUAUGGAGUAUUUAGGUGGAGGCUCAGCGUUAGAUUUGAUGGAACCGGGUGCUCUGGACGAGACCCAGAUUGCCACAAUCUUGAGAGAGAUCCUGAAGGGCCUGGAGUAUUUGCACUCCGAGAAGAAGAUCCACAGGGAUAUCAAAGCUGCCAACGUGCUGUUGUCUGAGCAAGGAGAGGUGAAGCUGGCUGACUUCGGCGUAGCUGGGCAGCUCACAGACACUCAGAUUAAACGCAAUACCUUUGUUGGCACGCCAUUCUGGAUGGCGCCAGAAGUCAUCAAGCAGUCGGCCUAUGACUCUAAGGCUGAUAUCUGGUCUUUGGGCAUCACAGCCAUCGAGCUGGCCAAAGGUGAACCCCCCCACUCAGAGCUCCAUCCCAUGAAGGUGUUAUUCCUUAUUCCAAAGAACAAUCCGCCCACAUUGGAGGGCAACUACAGCAAACCGCUCAAGGAGUUUGUUGAAGCUUGUCUCAACAAAGAGCCCAGUUUUAGGCCAACUGCCAAAGAGCUGCUGAAGCAUAAGCUGAUUGUUCGUCAUGCGAAAAAGACCUCAUACCUGACUGAGCUGGUGGACAAGUACAAGAGGUGGAAGGCAGAGCAGUCCAGAACCACAGAGUCCAGUUCUGACGAGUCUGACUCAGAGCAGGAUGGCCAGGCGUCAGGUGGUAACGACUUUGGCAGUGAUGACUGGAUCUUCACCAUCAGAGAGAAGGACCCCAAGAAGCUGCAAAAUGGAGAGGGACAGUCAGGGGCAACAGAGCAGAUAAAAGACAUUCCAAAGAGGCCUUAUUCACAGAGCCUGGCCACAGUUAUCUCUCCUGCAUUAGCUGAGCUGAAGGCGAGGCAGGAGCAGGUAAACGGGAACCCCAUGGUCCUGGAUGAGCUGAGGGAGGCCAUCCUUCUGGCUGAGGAGGCCUACCCUGGCAUCUCCGAUUCACUGGUGGCUCACAUGGUGCACAGGCUUCAAAGUUUCUCCACAAGCAGGACAUCUUCCUCCUCCCCCUAGUGAUCGACUCACUGCUUCAGCCCUGCUCUCCCAACCCCCCCUACUCACACACCACAGCCAGAUCAGAGGGUUAAAAGCCAGGGGUCAAGUCAUUCAACACCAGCUGACCACAUUUGACCUCCUGUUUGGGGGGGGGGGGGGUUAACCAAGCCUGUAAAAAUUACUGAACUCCCAACUCUUAGCGGAGGAUAACAGAGAAACUCUAAAGAGCUUCUUAUAGUCAAAAUGAGCGAAGUCCGGGAGGCAGCAGAACCUGUUGAGUGGGCUGGCGCUGACUCUGAUGGGGGUCAAAACCCUCAGACCGAUGGAACAUUAAGGCAGAGAAACCCACCAGAAAAACAGCAGCAGAUGUCAGACUCUGGGCUCUGUAAAUGCUAUACUCCUCCAGCUGCACACCAUGGAGUCACCACGUGGAAUUUGCUCGAAGAGGAGCUGAAAAUCUCCCCUAAAUCCAAGACAAGACUUCAGUCCCCCAUUUAAUGCAGGCGUCAUAUCCCCAGAACCUCUGAAAGCAUGCUUGAUGAACCUGCAGGGAUAUUAUAUUAGUGUGCAAGCUGCGUGUCUGUGUGCACGUAUGUGGACACCUCCGAGUGUGUUUGCGUGUGUGCACGUGUGCUCUUGCGUAUGUUGUAAGACUCCCUGUUUAGGCAAAUUGCAGCAUUCUUAAUGAAACCUCAGGUAAAGUGCUUUAAGGGGACUUUGUCCUCCGAGGCAGUAAGGGGGGGUGGGCAGGGGUCGCCAUGCUGUACAUGAUUACAAGUUGUCUUUGCGGGAAAAGAAUCACUGUGUACAAAAUGGUCAUGCGCAUUUUGUAGAUACUGAUAAUGUUUAAAAGUAGAUAUUUAAAGAUUCAAAAGUUACUCCAACAGAAAGAACAGAAAAUGCCUUGCCUUUUUGAGAUAUUGACAUCUUUGUUCUGGCAUUUUUCAUUUCAUCAUGUUAAAUUUGUUUGAUUUUACUCGUUUGUGAGUGAAAUUCAGUUCAGUAUUCAUCAGUGUUUCUUUCUAAGUGACUGAGUUUCCUAUCUUCCAUUUCAAUCACCUGCUGAAUUAUGAUACUAAGCAUACUUUGUUUAGGGGCAGAAGCUUUUCCUUUGUUUUGUAGUCAGGUAGGGGAGCCUCCUACCUGUACUUUACUUUUUAGGCAUUUUAAAUUGUUUAGAUGUGAUUGAGGGCAAGACAGAGCGGUCAGCAGUGGUUCUUAAAUUAAAAAGGCAACCUUUGGAUUAAAAUUGGCAGAAAGAAAGCAAAUAACAUUGAAUGCAGCCAAGGACAAUUACAAAGCCACUAUGGCCGACUCGAUGCUGAUAUCGUGAAGUUUUUUUUUGUUUUUUUAUCUUCCUUGCUUGUAAUUUAUCCUUAGCAUUACUUAUGUGGAGGUGAGAAAAAAACUGGUAAAGACCAUUGUAGGCAGUCACAUCGUUACCAUAUCGGGUGUAUUGACAACAUCAUGGCCAAAUAGAACAGUACAUCAGCACACGCCAAGCUCACAUCACACACUGGGCAGAAAUAAAUGCCAUUUUUAUUUUCCUCACUCCAGACAUUUCUGUUCUCACUUCCACAUCAUGCUAGAAGUGCCAUGUCCUCUUUUAUGCUUUCACCAGAUGUUUGUAGUAUGAUUUGCACCUUUUUUUUUUUUUUUUCAAAUUUCAGAUCAGUUUUUUGCACUUUGAAAGUGUCGAGUAUUUAAAGAACCUGUAAUAGGAAAAAAAAUACAAAUGAAAAAAGUUGCUAAUAGCCAUGUUUUACUAUAUAUGUUUACUUAAGAGUUCCAGAAUUUACUACUGUGCUAAUGCAGCAAUAAUGUUGAGGCGUUGCAUCAAGACGCACUUGUCAACACAGGGAUUGAAAGAAAUAUCUGAUAUUUUUAUAACUGCAAAGAGUUAAGUAUGGAAAAAUGGAAUGCUUUAUGGAUAUGGGCACCUGUCUCUGACAAAAAUAUCUAUACCUUACAGAAAACAUAUGCUACGGAAAUAACUACAAAAUGUGUACAUUUGGUCUCCUUUAUCAUAGCUGACAGUUUAUAGUACUGUAUAUAAUCUUUGCUUGUGUCAUUUGAGAAUUCCCAAGUUAAAUGUAAGCUCCUUGUAAGCUUUCAAAGUGACAUGAGAAAUAAAGAUCUAAUGCUAACUGAGAA